AUGCUAGAUGUUUUCCAAGCUCGUGGACACAACCAGGUAGACUCAUGUCGCCUCUACAAUGAAGGAAUCUCCGAAGAGUAUCUCGCUGCCUUUGAAUGGGAAAAAGGGGGUCUAGCAGCGGACACAAAAUUCUAUCCUACACAAGGUCGUUCAGGUAUGCCGGCACCGGAUGGCGGAUAGAGACUAUCUCCUUGACUAUUUGAGAAAGGCUUAGAUGUCGAGUUUGGAGGCGUUGAAAAGCGAGAAGUUUGGCAUGUGGUAUUUGCAUGGACCGGAUCGAGGAACGCUAAUUAA